CCUACAACAGACACACACAUCGAGGCAAAGAGCUGUCUGCACCCGGCAAUCUGCACCAUCUUCUCAUGGCAGGACGCUGUACACCCCAUCGUGCUCUACGCAGCUGGACGCUCGGUACCUUCGGCGCCCAACGCUGGACAGCACCGUGAGCCUAUUGCCGGACUUGUGGGGUCCUGCUCAUCACCUUUGCACUGUUUCAAAGCUCGCUCGCGUUCAUAUUCCAAUUGCAGACGACAGCUCAAAAGACACGUAGUACAGAUAGGCAGACAGACAAGUGCAGCGCGCUAGAAACUCAAAAUAUCGGGCUUCCUCGAAGCCUUGUCGACAUUAACACGGCAUCAGGUCGUCCCUGCUCCACCCGUUUGGCGCAAGAGAGCAAAAAGAAAGUACAACUUUGACCGUCACCCCACCCCCCCCUUUCAGCGGUGGUAGCAGUGAUUGCCGGCUUGCUGUACGACAAAGGAUGGUCAGUUCGUUGUCAUCAGCGAUCCCAGGCCUCACCGCAGGCUUUCCACAACAAGUGCCCUCUGGAUACCCGACCGGUGGAGGGAUGAUGGUCGACAGCACCUCCUUACAAGCCGGCGCGCUGCAGAGCCCCCAUGUACCUGCAGGCGCUGCAUCGGCACUAGCGUCGUCGCAUCACCUUGUGCACAGCAACAUGGGCCAGCCGCAGGACGGGCUGGUGCAGCUGCCGCAGCCGCGGAACAACCUGGCAGGGCGGUACGCCCUGAACGACUUUGCGGUGCAAAAGACGCUCGGGACCGGCAGUUUUGGGCGAGUGCACCUCGUGCGGAGCAACCACAAUGGGCGCUUCUACGCGAUCAAGGUUCUGCGCAAGGAGCAGGUCGUGCGCAUGAAGCAGGUAGAGCACACCAACUCGGAGCGCGCGACGCUCGCCGUCGUCCGACAUCCAUUCCUCGUCAACCUUUGGGGUACGUUCCACGACCCCACCUUCCUCUACAUGGUCAUGGACUUUGUCCCCGGCGGUGAGCUCUUCACGCUCCUGCGCAAGUCUCAGCGCUUUCCGCACCCCGUUGCGAAAUUCUACGCGGCAGAGGUCGCGCUCGCGCUCGAUUACCUCCACCAGAACGGGUUCGUCUACCGUGACCUCAAGCCGGAGAACAUCCUCCUCGCCUCAGAUGGCCACCUCAAGGUAACAGACUUUGGUUUCGCCAAGUUCGUCCCGGACGUCACCUGGACACUGUGCGGCACUCCCGACUACUUGGCCCCUGAGAUCGUCAGCUCCAAAGGCUACACAAAGAGUGUGGACUGGUGGGCGCUAGGCGUGUUCCUCUUCGAAAUGUUGGCAGGGCACCCGCCUUUCUACACUGAAGAUGGGAACCCGAUCAAGCUUUACGAAAAAAUCGUUGCGUGCAAGGUCCGAUAUCCGCCAUAUUUUGAGCCAGGUGUCAAGGACUUGCUCAAGAACCUCCUGACCGCGGACCUAACAAAACGCUUCGGGAACCUGCAUCGCGGCAGUAAGGACAUCUUUGGCCAUAUGUGGUUCGCAGAGGUCGACUGGGACCGGCUGUAUCGUCGCGAGAUCCCCGCGCCGUACAUUCCGACCAUCCUGGCAGACGGCGACGGUAGCCAAUUUGAACGCUACGAAGAAGUCGACCUCGUGGAGUACAACAUGCCGGACCGCGCAGAUCCCUACGGACAUCUCUUCCCUGACUUCUGAAUGGCCAUUGAAUCUCAGCUGGGGCUGUGUGACGCAGGUAACCCUCAUGGCGGGAUGUGAGGGUGAUACCCUUCUCGGCCGUGGGCGUAAGCAAAACAAAGCAGAUCAGCUGAUCAACAUGUACCAUUGCACCGUUUUAGUGUUUCCAUUCUGGAAGCUUACCUGUUCUGCGGAUGGAAAACUUGUAUAUCUACACUGAGCAAUGUACUCUUACCAAAC